GAGCAGGUCCCUGUUCCUGUUUAUCACCCGACUCCUAGCCAGACUCGGCUAGCGACGCAGCUGACAGAAGAGGAGCAGAUCAGAAUAGCGCAGAGGAUAGGCCUUAUUCAGCACCUCCCUAAAGGAGUCUAUGAUCCUGGGCGAGACGGCUCCGAGAAGAAGAUCAGAGAAUGUGUCAUUUGUAUGAUGGACUUUGUUUAUGGGGACCCUAUCCGAUUUCUGCCGUGCAUGCACAUUUACCACCUGGACUGUAUAGAUGACUGGUUGAUGCGAUCCUUUACCUGUCCCUCCUGCAUGGAGCCAGUGGAUGCAGCACUGCUUUCGUCGUAUGAGACUAACUGAGCCAGGGUUUCUCCACUGAACCUUCGCGGAGACCACCAUCCACUUUCAUGGGUUUGAUCCUUUUGUCAUUCAGCCCAAAGAGCCAGGAAUUAGGCAUUAAGAUCGUGCACAAAAUAUACAUUUCCUAAUAAAGAAAUUAAAAAAAUAAUAUUCCUGAAUGGCUGCAACUAUUGGGAAAAAAACCAUAGUAUUUUAGAGACUAUAGAAAAGUAGGUUGUUAUUUUUAAUGUAAAGCCUUGACCCACCAUUGUCUUUUAAUGUUUGUUCUUACACCCAUAUAUAGGAAUUGUGUAAAGUGUUACAGCAACUGUAAAUGUUUAAACUGCGUGUAUCCAGUUUUAUUAGCAGCAAGAUAAGAGUAUUUUUUUCCUAAAUAAAGUAACCAGUUUUGUUCUGAUUCUUUUCACAAGUCCUGGCAUUUGGGUCAAGGCUUUAUUGAAAUCUACAUUUUAUAACACUGGCACAAAGAAAUAGUUUUAAGCUUGUUUGCACAGUUCUCUUUUUUUUUUUUUUCCAUUGGAGAUGGAAUUCAUUGCCUUAGGUCUUUUUAAUAGUGUAUUGUUAUUGUUGGGCUGGCUCUAUGCUUGAAAAACCAGUUUAUUUAUAACCUGUUAAAAGUGCUAUAUUUUGUUUGCAGUUAGGAAUAUGCAGACUUCAAAGUGAUCUCCUAGCUUGUAAGCAAACUGAGAUGCAUUAUCCCUUUUCUACAAGUGAUGCGGAAUAUGAAGAUAUGAAACAAGUCCUACAGUGAAAUUAUGGUUUUGUGGGUUUUUUUACAACUUGCUUCGGUUUUGAUGAAACAACAGUCACCUUUAACUUGAUCAGACUAAAAGUGGGCCACAUGGACAGUAAAUAGUUAAGCUACCAAGACUAAGGGGGAAAAUAAUUAGGUAUUUGGAACUAACGUAGCAUUAGGAUUAUUGUACUUUUUUUUUUUUUUUCUCCCUAAAAAUGGUUGUCUUGGAUCAUAGUAAAUGGAUACUGCAUCUCUCGUUCUUGUAGUUCUUAGGUUAUCAGAAGUUAAGAAUAAACAUACUGUAUCUCAGU